AUGGCGCUACACCUGACUCUUCGGGGAGCCAAAUUCGUCACCGUUGUCAGCGCCUAUGCUCCCGCAAUAACCAAAAUAAACGAGUUGAAGGACAAGUUCUACGAAGACCUGCGCACCCUUCUGGCGAUUGUGCCGAAGGCGUGCAAGCUGAUUGGCCUUGGUGACUUCAGUGUCCCUUCGCGACAGACCACGCUACCUAGGAAGGAGUGCUGGGUCCCCACGGAAUUGCCGGAUUCAACGACAACGGCAUCUGCCUCCUACUGGCCAGUACCUUCUUCCACAUUCCGUCUCAGAGAAGGCAACCUGGAUGGACACCCGAUCGUGACGCUGACAGCGGAGGCGAGACCUUCAGAAUUAAAUGGGGACAAAGCCAACCUAUGA